UGUGGAUGUAACGCUGUCGCUCCACGUGAGUGUGUUUUAGUGAGGUAUUUUAGGAUCAGUUUUUCAUUUUUCUGCCAGCAUUUGAGAUAAGGGCCAUGGCAAUGUACCGAAAAAAAGUUGAUAAUCGGAUUCGUGUUCAGAUUGAAAAUGGAGUAGCACAACGAUACCGCUCAAUGUUUGUCAUUGUCGGUGAUCACGGCAGAGACCAGGUUGUCAUUCUUCAUCACAUGCUCUCUAAAGCUACAGUACGGGCACGACCGUCGGUUCUUUGGUGUUACAAGAAGGAACUUGGUUUCAGCAGUAACCGUAAGAAGCGAAUGCGGCAGCUGCAGAAAAAGAUCAAAACAGGCACAUUGAACCUUAAACAAGAUGAUCCAUUUGAGCUGUUUAUUGCAGCAACAAACAUCCGUUACUGUUACUACAACGAAACACACAAAAUUCUGGGCAACACAUUUGGCAUGUGUGUGUUACAGGAUUUUGAGGCUUUAACACCAAACCUACUUGCUCGAACCAUUGAGACAGUGGAAGGUGGAGGUCUUGUGGUGAUUUUGCUGAGGACUAUGAACUCACUGAAGCAGUUGUACACAAUGACAAUGGAUGUCCAUUCUCGCUAUCGGACAGAGGCCCAUCAGGACGUUGUAGGAAGAUUCAAUGAGAGAUUUAUCCUCUCUCUGUCCUCCUGUAAGAGCUGUUUAGUCAUUGAUGAUCAGCUUAAUGUUUUGCCAAUCUCCAAGCACAUAGCAAACAUCAAACCUGUCCAACCUAAAACACAGGAGGAUGGUCUUUUGGCAGAAGAGCGGGAGCUUGAAGUUCUGAAGGAAUCACUGCAGGACAUGCAGCCAGUGUGUGUUUUAGUGGACUCUUGCAAAACCAUUGACCAGGCUAAAACUGUAUUGAAGUUCAUAGAAGCUAUAUCAGAAAAAACUCUACAGAGCACUGUGGCUGUUACUGCUGCCAGAGGCCGGGGCAAAUCUGCAGCACUGGGAUUGUCUAUAGCGGGAGCUGUUGCCUUUGGUUAUUCCAACAUCUUUGUCACGUCCCCCAGCCCAGACAAUUUACACACAUUAUUUGAGUUUGUGUGUAAAGGCUUUGAUUCUCUUCAGUAUCAGGAACAUAUGGAUUAUGAAAUAGUCCAGUCCUUAAACCCAGAGUUUAAUAAAGCUGUGGUCAGAGUAAACAUCUUCAAGGAACACAGGCAAACUAUUCAGUACAUCCACCCCAGUGAUGCUGUUAAACUGGGUCAGGCGGAGUUGCUGGUCAUUGAUGAGGCUGCUGCUAUUCCUCUGCCUCUAGUGAAAAAACUUCUUGGACCUUACCUUGUUUUCAUGGCUUCUACAAUCAGUGGGUAUGAGGGCACAGGGCGCUCUCUGUCUCUUAAACUAAUUCAGAAGCUGAGACAGGAAAGUGCAGAAAGCCAGCAGAGUCUCUCAGCUGAAAAUCAAACAAAAGGCACAAACAGCCUAGCUGCAGCUCGCUCCUUCUAUGAGGUUUCUCUUCAGGAGUCCAUUCGAUAUGCUUCGGGAGAUCCUGUGGAGGAAUGGCUGAAUGCACUGCUGUGUCUGAAUUGCCUGAGUGUACCACACAUUAACACAGGCUGUCCACUGCCUGAAACUUGUGACCUAUACUAUGUGAACAGAGACACACUGUUCUGUUAUCACAAAGCCUCCGAGGCUUUUCUUCAGCGCCUAAUGUCCCUAUAUGUAGCAUCACACUAUAAGAACUCCCCCAAUGAUCUCCAGAUGCUGUCAGAUGCCCCAGCUCAUCAUCUUUUCUGCCUAUUGGCCCCUGUUCAAAACACACACAACUCUUUGCCAGAGGUUUUGGCAGUUCUGCAGGUGUGUUUGGAGGGAGAGAUUUCUCAGCAGUCAAUUCUUAAAAGCUUGUCUAGAGGAAAGAAAGCCUCAGGGGAUCUUAUCCCUUGGACUGUUUCAGAACAGUUUCAAGAUUCAGAGUUUGCCGGCCUUUCAGGUGGAAGAGUGGUGCGAAUUGCAGUGAACCCAGACUAUCAAGGGAUGGGUUAUGGGACUCGUGCUAUGCAGCUACUGGAGUGCUAUUACCAAGGACAGUUUCCUCUCUUGGAUGACAAAAAACAGCAGGCUACCUGUGCAUUUAACUCAGUCAGCAAUAAGGCCAUGAAUCUGAUAGAAGAGGUCUUGUCUCCUCGGACGGAUCUACCUCCCCUCUUGUUAAAGCUGAAUGAGAGGAAGGCUGAAAGACUGGACUACUUAGGCGUGUCAUACGGCCUUACAUCCCAACUUCUUAAAUUUUGGAAAAAGGCUGGAUUUGUUCCAGUAUAUUUAAGACAAACUCCAAAUGAUCUGACAGGGGAGCACUCCUGUAUAAUGCUAAAGGCACUAAACACAGAUGAUGCAGCAGGACAGGGAUUAUGGCUGUCUGCAUUCUGGAAGGAUUUCAGGCGAAGAUUCAUCUCCCUGCUUUCCUACCAGUUUAGCAGUUUUAGCCCUACUUUAGCACUGAAUAUGCUGCAAAACAAGAACAUCAAAAAUGACAAUUCAGGAACGCUUACCAGUGAAGAGCUAGCUGCCCAGUUUACCCCAUAUGAUCUGAAGCGUUUGGAAAUGUAUUCCAGAAACAUGGUUGACUACCACCUAAUCAUGGACAUGAUGCCUACUGUGGCACGGACAUACUUCCUCAACCAACUCUCAGCUAUAUCAUUGUCUGCUGCACAGUCUUCUCUGCUUUUAGGACUUGGGUUGCAGCACAAAUCUAUAGAUGAAUUGGAGAAAGAAAUCAUGCUCCCCAGCUCUCAGCUCAUGGGCCUGUUUAACCGUCUUAUCCGCAAGGUGGUGCAGCACUUUGAUACUCUUCAGAAGAAGGCAGUUGAGACAGAGAUGGUCCCCCUAAAAGACAUUACCAUGGAGCCAACUGCUCUGACACUGCACACAGAUCUGGAUGAGGCUGCCAAGGAGUUCGAAGAAAAACACAAAAAGGACAUGGAAAAGAUUAAAGACAUGGAUCUUUCACAGUACAUGAUCCGAGGAGAUGAUGAGGAGUGGGACCAAGUUCUAACGAAAGCAGGUCACACAGCAGUUGUAAGCAUUACAAGUGCAAAAAGAAAAAUGGAGGGUGCAGAUAAGAUGAAGCCAUGGCAAGGCAAAAAGGUGAAAAAGGAGAAAAGUGGCAAAUCUAGAAAGAAACCAUGAUUACUAGACAAAAUGGUGAAAACUUAUACCUUUUUUUAAUUAAGCAAGUAUUAUACUCUCAAAUGCUACAUUAAGUAAAUAAAUACUGUUAACACCAAUUAGCUUAUUUAAAUAAGAGGCCAAGGUUUCUGUUGUCCAGAUGUAUUGUCCUAUUGCUUUUAUAUGAUUUGUUUAUUAAUAAUACAGUAAAAAAGUAAAAAUCUUGAUGUUAUUAUUAGUUAAAAUGUUUUGAUUACAUUUUUGUGUAUAAUAAAAACACCAAAGAUAAAA